CGCAGGACGUCCCGCCACUGCAGAUCGACCAAUAGAAGCCGGAGUUACUAUCCCGACUAGUUUAAAGUUGCAGGAAGACUACUAAUGUUUACACUCGAUACGCAUUACACGCCAGUCCUGCGUUGUGUGCGCUGUUGUCGUGCUGAACGUUUUACUUGCAGAAAUGGCCUCCGAAAACAAAUCGUGCAAGAAUGAGGACGUGCUGGAGAUCGUUUCGAAAGAUAGUGAGGUAGAGUUGUGUGUUGAAGAUUCUUCGUCAGAUGACGAAGAUCUCAUCCAGGUAGACAAAGAAAAUAGCAGCGAUUCGGGCUACGAAAUACUGCUGCCCCAAAGUGAUGAUGACGACUAUGAGCCCCUAAGUCCCUCAUCCCCUGCACAGCCGUCAGAGCCAUAUCAUUCCCAAGCCACACAAUCUACCUCAGCUCCUACUGUCCCCCAGUUGCCUGAAAGCAGCAACAAUGAUGACUAUGAACAACCUCUGCAAAGCCCGGCCAAAAGAAAAGCUCAAUUGAAGCCUGCUAAGUCUAAGGCUCAGAAGAGUGGGCCUCCUGAACAGGAAGAAAUGUGGCAUAACAAAAAGGAGGAGGACAGAAAUCCUGAACCCUUCAAGUUUAUGCCCUCCAGGGUACCUGGUCCUACAUUUAACAAGACGGCAUCAUGGUCUCCACUUUCGCUCUUCCAGCUUUUCUUUAGUGUACCUGUUGUACAGACAAUCAUUCAAAAUACCAAUGCCAAUGCUGCGAGAAGGAAGGCAGCUGGUGUAAAGUUUCAAUGGACUGAUCUGACAGUGAAAGACUUUUACGUCUUCUUGGCUAUUAUUGUUUUCACAGGCCUUGUAAGUGUACACCACAGAGCUGACUACUGGAAAAGAGAAUGGCCAUACAAUUUUCACUUCCCCCAAGAAUAUAUGUCCAGGAACCGUUUUGAGGCCAUCGUGUGGUCAUUGCACCUCUCCAACCUGAAAGACGACAAGGAAAACCAAAAAAAAAGAAACACCCCACAGUACGAUCGGCUUUUCAAAAUCAAGCCGCUCUACGACCAAAUCGUGAAUGCCUGCAAAGCAAAUUUCCAGCCUUACGAAAACAUCUGCAUAGAUGAGAGGAUGGUGGCAUCUAAGGCUAGAAUUAGCGUCAAGCAGUAUAUGAAGGCGAAGCCCACAAAGCGGGGAUACAAGCUGUUUGUUCUGGCUGAUUCAGCAUCGGGUUACACAUGGAACUUUUCUGUCUACACAGGGAAGAGUGAAAGCAGCAUAAGCCAUGGUCUGAGCUACUCAGCCGUUUUAGAUCUUCUGCCAUUUUCUUUGCUUGGUCGGGGCUACACUUUAUAUUUGGAUCAUUUUUAUACCAGUCCUGCGCUGUUCCAAUAUCUGCAUAAGAAUUGCUUUGGCUGCUGCGGAACCAUUAAAAAAACCCAGAGUGACUUUCCCCGCACAGAAAAAAAUGACUUUCCUAAAAGAGCUGAGAGGGGAGAUAUGCGCUGGAUUAGAAAAGAUGAAGUGCUCUUUGUCAAGUGGAUUGAGACUCGGGAGAUAACGAUGUGCUCCACAGUGCACAGGGCCUUCAGUGGAAAGACUGUGCAGCGUAGAGUGAAGGAGGCCGGGGUGUGGUCGGCAAAGCAAAUACCUGUUCCUGAUGCAGUGCUGGAUUAUAAUAAGAACAUGCAUGGUGUUGAUUUAUCUGAUGCUCUCAUUGGUUAUUACAGUGUUCAACAAAAAACAAAGAAGUGGUAUAAGACUUUUUUUUAUCACUUCGUGGACAUUGCCAUUGUGAACAGUUUUAUUUUGCACAAGGAGAUAUGCAGGAGCCAGGGUCAGGAGCCGGUAACUCAGAAAAAGUUCUGGGAGCACCUUGCUGUGGAAAUGCUGUCUUUUGCUGUAGGCUCAGCACCAGCAGCACCAUCGCCCACACUCACCUGCAUGCCGCGUUAUUACGGCAGCGAUGCUACACAAUCCAGGAGGUACUGCAGGAGGUGCCUGGAUGCUGGCAUCCCAAGGGUGAAAACACCUAUUUAUUGUAGGGCUUGCAAUGUCCCCCUGUGCCUCACGUCAAAAAAAAACUGUUUUGAGCGCUGGCAUGAUAAGCAGGAAUAUUUAUCAAGUGUAAAUGUGCACUGAUGGCUUGCUUCCGCUCUUGUAAUGAAACCUAGAAUUUCAAGAAA